ACAUGGAUUCUCUCUAUCUGGUUGUACUAUCGCGAGAGGAAGGGCGCAAUUGACCGAUCGUUCGGCGAAACCGGAUCGCCGGCGUGAAUUAAAAUGCGAUCUAUUUGGUGAGAAGAUGACUUCGGCUUCCCAAGGGGCGGAGUACCAGUGGAAUACUUGAGCUCUGGGAUCUUGUGGUUCCUCCUUGAGUUCUGAGUUCCUCCUUGAGUUCAGAGUCAACACAUACCGAGGUAGAUUUCUCGAGUAGGCUACUGCCGGUGAACUCGGACCGAGACUACAGGUUAUAAAUAAUGUCCGAGUUACCUGGUAACGCGGGGUACCCGGUGCUGGGGGACAGGUCGCUGGAGUUCUAUAAAGACCCGGUGGGCUUCUGCGACCACCGGCUGGAGAAACACAACAGCAGAGUGUUUCAGUCCCGACUCCUUAACAAGCCCACCGUGUUGGUGUGCUCCGUGAGGGGGAUGAGAGAGGUGCUGCACGAGAAGUCCAGCGUGUUUCUCAAAGACCCAACGGAUCUGAUGACCAACAUGUAUGGUGACACCCUCGUCACCACAAACGGUGAAGAGGCGUGUUUGCUGCGUCUGUCUCUGAGCAGUUUGUUUACGGGGGCGUGUCUAGAAUCAUGGAACAAUGACCUCAUCAGUGUGUGUGAGCGCCACCUCCAGGCUCUUUCUUCCAGUGAGCCCCAGUGUGUGUACUCUCUGUUUAAGGCUCUGGGGACAGAACUGGUCCUGGGUCUGUUCCUCAACGUGCGGCCAGACGAGCACCCUCAGCUCUACCAGGAGAUCACUAAGCUGUGCACGCAGCACUGGCACGGUCUGAUCUCAGCCCCGGUCAGCCUGAAGGUGCCCCUGUGGUCCUCAGGGUUCUCCACCGCGCUGGAGGCCCGAGACAGGCUGAUGGACAUCAUCAAGGACAAGCUGGAGAACGACAAGCAUGGGUUGGUGGGCUCCCUGGGGUCGCUGCCCCUCCCCCAUCCGAUCUGCGCCUCCCAGCACCUCCUGCUCUUCAUCUCCGCUCUCAUCCCCAAAGCUCUGGCCUCCCUCCUCACCUCCUUUACCCUGGCCCUCAGCGGACCUCAGCAGGAGAAGAUGCGGCAGAGGGCGAAGGCUGAGCCUGAGUUCUUGCGCUGCUUGCUAUUGGAGGUUCAGAGACUCUGGCCUCCUUUCAUUGGUGGACGCAGGAUAGCCAAUAAGGACACAACCAUAGAAGGCUUCUCCGUGCCCCGGGGUCAGGUGGUGAUGUACGUCAGCCACGCAGUCCACCGCGACCCGGAAGUGUUCCAGCAGCCCGACCACUUCCUGCCCGAUAGGUGGACAGGAAGGAAUGCGGGUCAGGAGCAUCUUCUUUGUUGCCUAGGUAACGGACCGAGGAACUGCAUCGGGGACACACUGACUGAUAGCUUCGUCAAGACCGCGUGCAGCUACCUGCUGACUCACUACGACUGGGCCCUGGACCCCCCCGACCAGAACACCUCCUAUAAAUGGCUGCCGGCAUCCCGCCCGGCCGAACCGCUCCACCUCUCCUUCACCAGACUGGACCAGACCGGUUCCUGCCCCACACACCCUCAGUGAGGCUCAGAUCCAGGGCCGCUGCUGGCCGUUUCGGUGCCCUACGCGAGCAGGGGGGGGGGGGAGCCCCUUUUUAUAUAUUAGGUAAGAACACCUAAUUUGCUGAAAUUGAGUGAUAGGUUAUACAAUUAAGAACAAACAACGGUGGGCCACUUCAUAACUAAUUUACAUGUUUUUUUAAUUCAAUAAUGUAUAUUUUUUUGUUUUUGUUUUUACAAACCUUAAUUUUUGGUGCCCCCUCAGGUACCCGGUGCCCUACGCACUCUGGGUACUCUGCGUAGAGGGAGCGGCGGGCCUGCUCAGAUCACUGAAGGCUAGUGCUAGUGAUAAUGAAGGAAGGGGUUGAACUCAACGAGUUUGGCACAUUAGUGACUCACUGUUUUGAAUUAAAAAACAAUUAUUUUUUUAGAUUUGCUUUUUGCACACACACACACACACAAAGAAAAAAAAAGGGCACUGACGACUGGUAUGUUAUCAGUUAUCACAUGGAAACAAUGACAAGAAGGCUUUGGGUGGACUGGAGGAUUGUGGCUGGAGAACGAUGGAGAGGUUCAGCAACCAGCUGCCUAUUCAGUGAACAAAGCUAUCAACCCCUGAAUUAAUUUACAUUUGAAACAAUAUGGUUAUUGGAAAAUCUGUUGCUAAUCAUGAUGUUUUAUACUGUUUAUAGUAAUCCUAGCCCCAGUAAAAACAUUUGAUGGUGUAAACCCUAGCCCUUACUCAAAGUAACUGGGAAUGAUAACUGAGGAAGUGGAAAGCUGAAGUCUGCAUAAUGUAACUAACAGCACUAACGUCUAUAAUCCAGAAAAGAACAUACCGGUACUUGAAAUUCAUUGACAUGAUUCAAUCAAAAUGUUUCCCGGUACCUUCAAACCCCUUUUGAUCCAGCAGUGGGCUUGGCCACGCUCAGAAAUAAAUCAUUACUAAAAUGUUGGGCACAGCCAUUAGUUGUUGUUGGAAGCAUUAGACAUUAAAGUGUAAUUCCGGCGAAAAUUGAACCCAGCGUCUUUGUUAUGGCUUGUAAACCCAUCAAAUAAGCCCCUCCAGAUACUUUUUUCAUUAAAAAUCGAGUAUGGAGUUUGCCCGGCGCAAUGUUCCAAAUCGGCAUUUUUUAACCACUAAUAUAGCUCAAAAUAGCACCAAACCUCUGCAGUAGCAUUAUAAGGGUCCCUACACAUAAAACAAAGCAUCAACAACUUAGUUAGCGUAGCGGGAAUAAGUCUGUGCCUUACCGGUAGGUCCAUGUUUCCAGGAAGUCCACACAAGUUGAUUACCGGCUACCGUAAAUAAUAUAAAAGAGGCGCCAACAAAUUUAACUUAACAAUCUCUACUUAACUGUUUUAAAUUUGUUUGCGUCUCUAUUAUAUUAUUUACGGUAGCCAAACCUGUUAUAUUAUUUACGGUAGAUACAUUUUCAAUGAAAAAGUAUCUGGAGGGAUCGCCGGAAUUACACUUUAAGAGACUUGACUGCAGACUGCUCUAUUGAGAUCACGGUCUAAUGACAGGAAAGCUACAUAUUCUUGAAAAGCACAGUGAUGUACUCUCUGGGUUGAGUUUGCGGACACUGUUAGAAAACAGCGGUUCUUUACAACAUGCUGCAACUCUAUCAGACUCUACACCAGGAGGCUCGAACAUGUUUGUACAGCCAAUGUAACUUUACAGUCAACACACAGACGUAACACACACACACAGAAACGCACAAACUGAUUACUCACUAUAGCAAAGACACACUUAAGCAACCACACAUUGAAAAAACUAAAACUAAACGACAUCCAUGCACACACAGCCACACAAAUAAAAAAUAAAGACUGUCAAAAACGUU